UUUUCCAGUGCCUCAUCUUCUCCUACUCAUACUAUCGCUGGCAUCCUGACACUGGCCGUCCGCAAAAAGCUCGCUUUCACUGGGUGUGCGCUCAGUGUGCCACGCUUGAGAAGAAGGGAGGGGUGCUAACAGACGUUAGGCGUUCUUCUGUAUCAACCUUGUCACCGAGAAAGCUCUUCGAAAGAUACUUAAGCGAUGGCUGAGGCCCACCAGGCAGUGGCGUUCCAGUUUACCAUAACGCCAGAGGGGAUUGACCUGCAGCUGUCCUAUCAGGCCCUGAACCAGAUCUACCUGUCGGGAGUACGAUCCUGGAAGAAACGAGUCAGCCGCCUGAGGAACAGGGUGAUCAAGGGAGUGUACCCUGCCAGCCCUUCCUCGUGGCUCUUUGUCGUCAUAGCGAUCCUGGCCACCAUGUACAUGCGCUCGGAUCCCAGCAUGGGGCUCAUCACCAAGAUACAGCAACACCUGCCACUAAGUCUUAGUGCCGAGAAGCAGACCAUGCUGUCUGUGCUGGUCUUUAGCACUCUGCUGUGGCUCUCCCUCAUCCUCGCGCUCAGGUUCUGCCUCAAACUGCUUCUCUCCUACCACCAGUGGAUGUUCGAGCAGCACGGCAGGGUUUCCAACACCACCAAAGUCUGGGUGACUCUGCUGAGGUUGUUAUCGAGCAGGAAGCCUCUGCUGUACAGCUAUCAAACCUCUCUGCCUAUCUUACCUGUUCCUGCCAUCAAAGAAACACUGAGCAGGUACCUGGAGUCGGUGCGCCCUCUGUUGACUGAUCCAGGGUAUAAGCGGAUGACUGAACUGGCCAAUCAGUUUGAGUCUAACCUGGGGAACCGCCUGCAACGCUACCUGAAACUCAAAGCUCUGUGGGCCACCAACUAUGUGAGCGACUGGUGGGAGGAAUACAUCUACUUGAGGAGCCGAGGUCCCAUUAUGGUCAACAGUAACUACUAUGGCAUGGACUUUCUGUAUGUGACGCCGACAGCGCUGCAGGCGGCCAGGGCAGGCAACACCAUUACAGCCCUGAUGCUCUACCGCCGAAAGGUCAACCGGGAGGAACUCAAACCGAGUCGUGUUCCAGGCACGGUCAUCCCUCUGUGUGCAGCCCAGUGUGAGAGGAUGUUCAACACAACUCGCACACCUGGAGUUGAGACUGAUGUGCUCCAGCACUGGCAGGACAGCGAGUUUGUGGCAGUGUACCACAAGGGUCGCUUUUUCCGCCUGUGGGUGUACACGGCAGGCCGGCUGCUGUCGCCCAGGGAGAUCGAGCACCAGAUCCAGAGGAUCCUGGAUGACCCUUCUCCCCCGCAACCUGGAGAGGAGAAACUGGGAGCUCUUACUGCUGGAGACAGGGUUCCGUGGGCUCAGAUGAGGAAGCAGUACUUCAGCUCCGGCAUCAAUAAGCGAUCCCUGGAUUCCAUCGAGAGGGCGGCCUUCUUCGUCACCUUGGACGAUGAAGAGCAAGGCAUGAGGGGAGAGGACCCAGCAGGGAACUUGGACCGCUAUGCAAAGUCCAUACUGCAUGGGAAAUGUUACGAUAGGUGGUUUGAUAAAUCUUUCUCCAUUGUGAUCUACAAGAAUGGGAAAAGUGGACUAAAUGCUGAGCACUCCUGGGCUGAUGCACCGACAGUGGCUCACCUUUGGGAGUUCACCCUGGCCACAGAUGCCUUCCAGCUGGGCUACUCUGAGGAUGGGCACUGCAAAGGCGAGGUGGACCGCUCACUACCCCUACCCCAGAGGCUGGUCUGGGACAUCCCCUCAGAGGUUCAGGCUCAGGUGUGCAGCUCCCUGGCUGUUGCCCAGGCGCUAGCAGAUGACGUGGACUGCCACGUGUUUCCCUUCAGAGACUUCGGAAAAGGGCGGAUCAAGAAGCUAAAAAUCAGCCCUGACGCAUUCAUACAGAUUUGCUUACAGCUGGCAUACUACAGGGAUCGUGGGGGUUUCUGUCUGACUUACGAGGCGUCAAUGACACGUCUGUUCAGGGAGGGCCGAACGGAGACUGUGAGAUCCUGCUCCAACGAGAGCUGCGCCUUUGUCAAAGCUCUAGAGGAUGGAGAGGAAGCAGAGCAAUGCAGGCAUCUCUUCCGGCUGGCUUCAGAGAGGCACCAGAAUCUUUAUCGAAUGGCGAUGACUGGAGCUGGAAUUGACCGACACCUCUUCUGUCUGUAUGUGGUGUCCAAAUACUUGGGGGUGGACUCCCCCUUCCUCAAAGAGGUUUUGUCUGAGCCUUGGCGUCUCUCCACUAGUCAGACCCCGGUUCAGCAGAUGGAGCUGUUCGACCUGAAGAACCACCCCGACUUCAUAUCGCUGGGCGGAGGGUUCGGACCGGUUGCUGAUGAUGGUUAUGGGGUUUCAUACAUCAUUGUGGGUGAGGAUAUGAUCAACUUCCACGUGUCGUCCAAAUACUCCUGCAGUGAGACUGACUCCCACAGGUUUGGAGCUCAGAUAAGUAAAGCUUUCCAAGACAUAAUGACCCUCCUCUCUGCUGACACCAAAACCUCCUCGUCCUCCAAAGGCCCAGCCCAGCCUCAGCCCAAGAAGCUCCUCUGAAUAUGGCAGAAAGCAGAUCACCACGCGGACAUAUAUUCCCCUCGAGACAUCUGAGCUGAGUGUAUAACCCCGUCGUCUUAAAAAGCCCAACCCGUGAUGUGAUUGACCUAAAAGCAUAAAUGAAACUGACAAAAGUGAGUUAAAGGAGUAAUAUCAGGAGGGCAGGUGCUCUUCCUUUACAUCUCCCACCCUUUUCAGAUAACAAUAACCGCUUUUAGGCCCCGUUCAGACAGAGGAAAAAAAACAAAGCACACUGAAGACGCAAGUAGCCCUGUCAUGUUGGACAGAUAAUCUGUGGCACUAUUUUUCCCAGCUCAUCGACAAAAAACAUAAAAAAAAAAAAACACCUGCACACAAUAAAUAUGAAUUGUAUUCUUCCAUUUAAAAAAAGAAACCUACAGUUCAAAAGCCUAAAUGGGCACUAACAAAUGUAUUUUGCUGUUAUUCAGCAUUAAUACAUACACUUUUGUAUUGUAAUUUUACGAGACCCGUCAAUCAGAGAUUCUUCUAGACAACUUGAGAAUGCUAAAUGCUUCCAUUGCCUUCUUUCUCUGAGAAUAUGAAACCUGUGAUGGGGGAUUUUUAAAGAAAGAGGAAGCAAAGGUUCAAUACUUAGGAAAGGAAGUCUUAAGGAAAUAAGUGCGAAGUGGAGAAAGAGACCCAAAUCUCUACAUAAGGCAUAAAGCGGAAAGCAUCAAGAGGCCCUAAUUCUUAAUAAAAGUGAUGGGAAAUGUGUUUUUAGUUUGAAAGCAGACCUAUGUACAUGUCCGUGUGAAAUGAUGCUGUCUCAAAAAAAAAAUUAAAGCAAAUGAGUUUUUCAUUAUUAUUAGGGCCCGAGCACCGACAGAGUUGGUAGGCAAAGGCGCUAUUGAAAUUCAAAUGUUUCUUCUUCUUUCUAUUAUUAUUAUUAUUAUUAUUAUUAUAAAAAAAAUAAAAAAUAGGAAGUUACAGUCCUUACGCUUUGAUGUCCUCUUCCUAGCUGGUUGACCAUAUCCAUUUCAAAAUUUGGAUAACAUUUUUUUUUUUGUUGAAGGGCGUCGUCGUGGCGGCACGUCGAACUUUGAUGUAACGUCACGAAAAAGAAAGUAGUAGUAGAAUUUACAUUGUCUGAUCUGCCCCAAAUCUUUCACACAUGAUGUUCGUCCAGGCCAUGAAGUGAAUCCCACGGGUCUCAGGCUUGAUUAUGGUAAAUUGGCUCAAUAGCGCCCCGCCAGUUAAUACACGGCCGCAUCGACUGGAAACCGCCAGCACCCCCGACGUGCGCAGAGUGCGAGGGCCCGUUCCUCGCUGCUUGCAGUUUUGAUUAUUUUUUCUUUUUAUUGUCCGUACGAUGGAUUGAUUUAAUAAGGCAUGGAUGUUUUAGAUAUGCUACACAGUUGUGUUUUUACUGCUUACAAUUGAGUGAAACACACCUCAAGUGUUUGAGAUGGUCCCAAGUGGACUGUUGCAGUGUGGUGUACGGUUGAAUUGCCUUGUGAUUAUUCUUACUGUAUUUUUUUUUUUUUAUGUUAUACAAACCUUUUUCAAACAUUCUUGUUUCUUUCUCGAAUGUCCCACCAGGAGUGCCCGCACACCGUCGUGCUUUAUUUUUCCGUAAGGGCCCCUUUUGGUUACCGUUGUUUAGCUUACGAAGUGCCACUCUGGGUUGACAUAACUUAAAGAAUGUACGAUAAACAUGACCCUAGCCCUCCGUGUGCCAGAGCCCGCCCAUCUGCCCCCAUUGAGUCUGUGCCCGCCAAUGCAAAGGAACAUACUUAUUUAAAUUGUAUUGCAAUGAUUUAAUGGGGAAACAGUUGUAUGAAGAAGUGAAAUCUGCAGUUGGUUCUCACAGUACGGGCCGUUGGGAAAGAGAAGGGGUCCCUGCCCGCUCUUGGACUGAAACAUACUUAAUAGGGCAAAGACAAACCGCAGUAAGUACUCUAUUUAAAAGGCUUAGAUUUACAAAUGAUAUGAGAUCAUACAGUCCACUUCGGCACCAAUGGUGCGGUCUGCCAGAGGAAGAGAUCAAUAAUGUGCUGAUACUCACACAAUCACCCGUCUCCUCCCUAGUUUUAAAGCUACAGUGUGGCAUUUAAGAAACAUGUGUGCCUGAAUUCAGUAAAACCGUUUCAAUGCAAUUUAUUAUCAAUGCAAUUGCUAAGGCAAACUGUGUGUGUGUGUGUGUGUGUGUGUGUGUGUGUGUGUGUGUGUGUGUGUGUGUGUGUGUGUCAGUUGGUCGGUUAGUAUCGUCAGGAUAUGUUAUGUGCUUUGAUGUAGUGGUAAAACAAAGAGUUUAUUGAUAUUUUAAUAAAAAGUGUCUGGUUUUGUUAAGAAGGCAUUAACCUUCCACUACAGCUCUGUUAAUGUUUUAGAACUGUACUUUGUAAUAUGGAUUGUUGGUUUAAUAUUUUAAUAACAUCAGACCAGAGUGUCUUCGGUUUCUCUCAGGUUCAACAUUUCGCGGCUCCUUUGCCAAACUGUUGACUGCCAGAACAGCUGUGUGUUUUCCACGAUGACUCACAGCCACGAGGCACUGAUGUGACGUUUGUAAAAGAUCGGUAAUGCCAAUUUCUAGAGCUGCAGCAAUGUAAACUAAUAACUUCUCUACCUCUCUCCACUUGUGACGUUUUUUGUUUAAUUUCCCUUUUUUCAGAUUAUUACUCAUUUAUUUUAGAGUUUAUAGUUUUUGUUCCCCCAUUAAUCAAAGAGAUUAUUUGAUGACAAGAAAGUGUUCAAACACUUGUGGAUGGGACAAAACACAACUAAACCAGUUCAACCAGUUUGUCAAGAGCCAAUGGUCAUACAUCAGUGAACUACAACUAAAUGCUCUAUUGUGAUCACACAAAAAAGUGAAGCUUCUUGUUUGCAUAAAAAAAAAAAUCGCAUUAAAAUCAACCACUUUAAAAUCUUGAAUUGCUUUUUGUACGUGUGAUAUACAUAUAUUUUUGUAAAUCAAGGGACUUCUACGAAGAGUUCCUUGGUCUCUUUUAAAAAGCGUUUCUUAUAAUAUUGGUACAUUUAAGAAGACUCUGUUGUUGCAGUUUGGAUAGGCGCUUCAGCUAAAAGCCAAUCCAGUGUUGAUCCAGAUGUUUUCGUUCUCGUUACUGCCUUUCUCUUCACUUCAUGCCUCAGCCUGCCUGCCAACCUGCCUGGAAACCACAGUGCCACUCAAACCCACUCUGUGCCUCGAUCGACUCCACUGUGUCUCAUAUAUUAUUAACACCAAGUCCUAUGGGAUGGAUUAGUGGAAUCCGUGUCCUCUGCCUUUCAACAGUUUGGACAAUGAGCCUCUCACCACCACCACCACCCCCCCCCCACCCCCCCGCUAAACGAGCAUUUAGCAGCAAUUUAAAAUUUUUCUUUGUGUUAGGAUACAUUUGUAUAGUUUUAUUUCUGUGUACUCUGUUUCUGCGGUUUUUACUCGUGGUUAAUAGUGACGCUUGAACACUUUUGACGAAUGUGUGGGUAUUGUUACACAUACAUUAUAAUGAUAUCCUGUGUUUUCUGAAUUCACAUUCCAAAAGAUGCUUAUUAUUCCUUUGUUGUUGUUUUUUUUGUCAGUGGUUUUCAUUUUAAAACCUAUUUAAAUGUUAAUUGUGGACUUUGUAAAGAAGAUUUUACUGAUGGUGACGGCAUUUUAUGUACAUUAAAAAUACUUACUGAA